GAUCUGUUCCGUGGCAAGUCUACCACGUAUGACCAGGGCACCUCUACUUCUCACCUGACAAAUAUUGCUCCAUUACCUGAUGGACCCCUUUUCAACAAUCUGUUCCCCUCGAGAGGAGCCUACAGUUCAACGACGUCCUUCCAGAAAUUUUUAACAAGUCCUGCUGGAUUCGACAUCGAUGAAAAUAUUACAGUUGCGCAAAUAAGCUCAAAUCUUAGAUCACUUUCUCCGAGUGUCAACGCUAUUGAUAAUCUACAGCAAACUUCCCCACAUUUUCAUGAUGGCGGCCCCGGUUCAAGUUCGCCAACCCAACAAAAUACACAAGGAAACAAUAUGCCAGACAUGGACUUGCAUAGGGAUAAUACCAUGAUAUCAAGUUUCCUAGAGGCUACAACUAAUAAGACCGUGGAGGAUAAUGCAAUCAUCAGUAACAUUCCAUCAACACAAACGACUGCCAGUGUCGACGGUGCUGUAGCCCUCACAGAAGCCAACAGAUCUCAUGGAAUAAUUACUGCAAGUCAGAAUAGUGACUCAGGUCUUAGAGCGCCAGACUCAUUUCUGAGAAGUAGGUCAUCAAUUCGGCCAUCUGAUGCAAUUUCCAUGGGAAACUCAACCAAGCUGCAAAGCCCUCAACAAAAUGACGGUCUUGUAUUUGAAAAGGAAAAUGGCGAUAAAGAGAGUCACGACGGUUCAUCUUUCGACAAUUCCGAGGAUCGGUCGGUGAGCGAAGAUGAGUUGGAAGUUCACGGCGAGCAACUGGUAGAAAAUAAUAAGUCAAGCCAUCCGCCUACAACGACGUUAAAUCAACCGCAGCAGGAGAGAUCCUCUUCAGCAAAGGGGCCUACUGCACACGGUGAUAAACACGGUAUUCAAACUAAUAACAAACCGUCGCAGAUCUCAUUUUCACACGAAAAAGCAAACCAUCAAAGUCCAGCAGGUUCUGAACAAUUCAAAAUGCAGCAAGAAAAUAGGAUGUCAUCGAGUGAUUCUUUCAUUGCUAAAUCAACUGACAACAAAAGAGGUGAACAAACUAUGAACAUGAUGGAAAAACCGGUAGCAGCUCAGAGAUCACGAGCAGUCAUUAAUACGACGACAAAUGUAAAUGCAAGGGGCACAACUGAAAUGAUUUCAACGCCAGUAACUGCCAGCACCGUUUCGAAAAGUAAUUCAGUCAACACAACAUCAAUGCAGUCAAAGAAUGGCAGUGAAGGAGGCGGUAAAGAAGCCCAAGAACACGAAACAAAGAAUAAAAUAAUAGAGACAGCAAUAGGAGCAAAGAACGAGGCAGAAACAUUCAUACUGCGGAGCGACAGCGAUGAUGACUUCGAUGAUUUCAGCGCGCCGAUAAAAGCAGCACCCUUCGCCAGUAAGAUUACUACGGGAGGCUUUGGAGGACAUCCCCCGCUAGAAACAGACGAAGACAGCAGCUCUGACAGCGUCGAAGCCAAGAUACAAGAGGCAAUGAAAGCAAGAGAUAAUAAAAAAGCAAACGAACCAAAUGGCGUGGAGCCAACGACUUCACAGUCGACAUUUGCUGCCACGCGCACGGCGCCUCGGGCGACGGUCAGCCAAGCAGCGGCUUCACCCCAGGCUGUGGUGAGCCACGAGACAGAGAGCGAGUCUGACAAAGUUAGCGCGCCAUCCGAUGAUCAGGAUGAUAGUGAUGAUGAUUUCUACAAGUAA